AUGAGUUGUCAGAUCUCCUACAGAUCUCGAGGAGGAGGAGGAGGAAAAGGAGGAGGAGGAUUCCGGGGCUUCAGCAGUGGCUCAGCCAUAGUUUCUGGAGGAAACCGGAGAUCGACAUCCAGCUUUUCUUGCUUGAGCCGCCAUGGUGGUGGCGGAGGAGGCUGCGGCGCAGGUGGCUUUGGCAGUCAGAGUGUUAUUGGCCUUGGAGGGAGCAAGAGCAUCUCCAGUAGUGUGGCUGGAGGAGGUGGAAGCUUUGGCUCCGGUGGUGGAUUUGGUGGCAGAGGAGGAGGUGGCUUUGGAAGCUUUGGAGGUGGCAGCAGCAUCAGAGGAGGCAGUGGCUUUGGAGGCGGUGGUUUCGGUGGAGGCGGCUUCGGUGGAGGCAGCUUUGGAGGAGGCCGCUUUGGAGGUGGUGGUGGACCUGGAGGUUUUGGAGGUCCUGGUGGCUUUGGUCCUGGAGGAUUCCCUGGUGGAGGCAUCCAUGAAGUCUCUAUCAAUCAGAGCCUCCUGCAACCUCUUGAUGUAAAAGUAGACCCAGAGAUCCAGAACAGAAAGUCUCAGGAGCGGGAACAGAUCAAAUCUCUCAACAACAAAUUUGCCUCCUUCAUUGACAAGGUGCGCUUCCUGGAGCAGCAGAACCAGGUGCUGCAGACCAAGUGGGAGCUGCUGCAGCAGAUCGAUGUGCGGACCCGCACCACCAACCUGGAGCCCUUCUUCCAUGCCUACAUCAACCAGCUCCAGAAACAGGUGGAUGCACUCUCUUCGGAAAGAACCUCCCAGGAUUCAGAGCUGAACAAUAUGCAAGAUCUUGUGGAGGAUUAUAAGAAAAAAUAUGAGGAUGAAAUAAACAAGCGCACGUCUGCUGAGAAUGAUUUUGUGACACUUAAAAAGGAUGUGGACAAUGGCUACAUGAACAAGGUGGAUCUGCAGGCCACUGUAGACACACUGACCCAGGAGAUUGAGUUCCUGAGAAGGCUCUAUGAGGCGGAACUGUCCCAGGUACACGAGACUGUCACGGAAACCAAUGUCGUCCUGUCCAUGGACAACAACCGCAACCUGGACCUGCAAGGCAUCAUUGCUGAUGUUCAGACCCAGUAUGAAGACAUUGCCAUGAAGAGCAAGGCUGAGGCUGAGACCCUGUACCACAGCAAGUACGAGGAGCUGCAGAUCACUGCAGGGAAACAUGGAGACAGCCUGAGGGAGCUCAAGAUGGAGAUCAGUGAGCUGAACCGCACGAUCCAGAGACUUCAAGGGGAGAUCUCGCACGUGAAGAAGCAGUGUAAGAAUGUACAAGAUGCCAUUGCCGAUGCUGAGGAGCGUGGAGAGCGCGCCAUCAAAGAUGCUCAGAGCAAGCUCACAGACCUGGAGGAGGCCCUACAGCAGGCCCGGGAGGACCUGGCCAAGCUGCUGCGGGACUACCAGGAGCUAAUGAACACCAAGCUGGCCCUGGACAUCGAGAUUGUCACCUACCAAAAGCUGCUGGAGGGCGAGGAGUGCAGAAUGUCUGGAGAACUCAGUGACAAUGUGACUGUGUCCGUGACAAGCAGCACCGUCUCUUCAAAUGUGUCAUCCAAGUCUGGUUUUGGAGGCCAAGGUUCUGGAGGCAGAGGAUCCAGUCAUGGAGGAGGAGGAGGAUCAGGAGGAGGAGGAUACAGCUCCGGAAGUGGCAGUUAUGGCUCUGGAGGCAAAAGAUCGGGCUCCAGAAGUGGUGGAGGAGGCUCUGGCCUUGGCAGCUCUAGAGGAGGUUCCAGUUCUGGAGGAGGAUAUGGCUCUGGCAGUGGUUCUGGAGGUGGUAGGGGGGGCUCUGGUUCCGGAGGUGGUAGAGGGGGCUCUGGUUCCGGAGGUGGAUAUGGCUCUGGUGGUGGCUCUAGAGGAGGCUCUAGCUCUGGAGGAGGAGUCAGUGCUGGAGGGGGAGUUUCUAGCUCUAUAAAGGGAGGUUCUGGCUCAGGUGAAGGUCACAGUUCUGGAGUGACCUUCUCUUUUAGAUAAAGAUGGGGGUCCUCUCCUGGCGAUUCUAUUCUAGAAUGUGGAAGCCUAUUUCUGUUCCUCUCAUUAACAGCAUGGCAAAUUUGUCACCCACCUCCGAUAGCAAAUGGAUGCUCAUAAACAGUUUUCGAAAGAUCUUUCCAAACCACUUACUGUAGUUAGUGAUAGUGGCACCCAUUGUUUUCUGGGGGAAGAAUCUGCAUUGUCCGUUUGUCUCCCAGUCAUGCUCCCUUCCUGGUCCCUCUGCUUCCUUGCUUUUCCAUUUAGGGGUCCUCUUCCAGAGGGGUAUUCUAUGGAGGACCCUGGGGCAGCCUAACGAUGUCAUCUCAAAGCCCAUGUCUCUCUCAUGGAGGUCCCCAGGGAAGGGUUCUGUGUACAUAGCCC